AAAGUUGGGUUAGCUUGGGUGGCGGUCGGACUCUUAGUAAUCAUUUCUGGAUGUUCUGAUGUUACUUGCCUCCUUUUUACUUUUUUUCACCGUCCGAUCGGCUGAUUGGUCGAUUAGAGUCUGAUGCAUAGAUUUGGAUGUUUAUAUUUUUUCAGGUUUAUUGACUUAUAUUUCAUAUGUCAGUAUGUAAUUUGUAUGCAAUGAAUCAGUGCUCAACUGUUUAUUAAAAAAUGAAAUGUUAUCAGCCAUAGUUUUAUGACAUAAACCGACAAGAUGGCAGAGGGAGAUAACUCAGUCUCUGAUGAUGACUUGAAUCAGCAGAAAGGUGAAUCUGGUACAAUAAGAGAAGGGACUGCACGAGUACACAUGAAACUUUUCCCAAAAUAUGGUUUCCUUGUUCCUGAUAAUCCACUCUCCAUGGGUGACACAAUCUUUUUUGGCCUGACAGCUCAUGUAGAUGCUUCAAAAAAGUAUAUUGCAGAUCUUCGUGAAGAGCUCUACCCUGAUCAAAAAGUAAAAUUCAUGGCUGUACCCGUUGAACGCGAUGGUUCUAUAAAAUGGAAGGCAUUGGUGGUUGGUCCUUUACCUGAUGACCAACAGGAUGUUCCCAGAAUUAUAGAGGAGGAAGGAGAGGAAGAUGGUCAAAUCUGGUUAACUUGUCGAAUUCAUCCAAAUUUACAGCCAACACAUGGUUUUGCUACUCCAGAAGGUGGAAAUCAAUAUCAUGACAAUGUUUAUUUUAGUUUACGUGAGGCAACUGACGGUCUUGAAGUCUCCGUUUCUGAUUUGACUUCCGUAUUUUCUGCCGGAGAAAGAAUCAAAGCCCUUUGUGUGUCUGCUGAUCCUCAAUUCAAAGCUAAAUACAGAGCAUUAAAAGUUUGCAAAAUUCCGGAGUCUGCAGAUGCUGAUUCGACUGCAAAUAGUGAUACUCCCGUUUCCAAGAAUUCUGCUGAAGAUUGUUUGCUGGUCGAAGAAACUGAUCAAAGCGCAGUGUCAUGGAUAUAUGAAGUUCUUAAAAGCAAAGAUAAAAUCAAAUUGACAAGCCUAGCAGGAGAUUUAAGUCACAAUCCCGAUAUUCGUUCUGUGGUACAACCCCAAAAGAAAUCUCUAAAGCGUUUCCUUGCAAAGUAUCCACGUUUCUUCACUAUUAAAGAAGAUAUAGUCAGCCUCGCUCCAAAUUGCCCGCCAAUUAACUUCAAACCAGUCAGAAAAUCAAGUGAUACAUUUCCCAGAGAUGAGUAUGUUCUUAACAAAAAUUGGUCUUCUGAAGACGAGUCUCUCAACAGCCCUAGUGCAUCUGAGAGUAUACCAUCUGGCAUGUCAUCACCUAUAUUAUAUACAACACAUAAUUUAAAAACAUUGGCGGAUUCUUCGUCUCGCUUUACCAUGAGCAUGCUGGCAAAUAUAGUCAAGUCUUUGCCAGAACCAAUGAAGAUGUCUGAAAUUUUUAAACACUGUCAAAAGCAAGGUUGGGAAGGAAUGAGAAGUAUGGCAAUGCUGGCACAAGUCGUUUCCGACAAUCCAACCUAUUUUUGCCAGGAUGAGAAAGGAUGCUUGUUAGUUACUGCAGAAGGAAAAAAUCUCUCUGUCAAACAAGCUGAUGUUAAUAAUAUUAAGACGACAAAAAGUUCCGUAAAUGGUACUAACCAUCCAUUAACAAGUUCUAUAAUCGUCAGUGCUCCCAAUGUUGAAACUACAAUAGGUCAAGGACCGCUUGGAAGCUUUAACCACUCUUCAACUGCAUCUGCAUUUUCAAUCUUCUCUCCACUAUCGCCUCCAAAGCCUCAAGAGUCAUCUUCAUCACUGAUAACACCUAGUUUAGGAUUUGGAACAUCUGCCUUCAACCAUACUCAGUCAAAUGUAGGAAUAAAUCGAAAAGCAUACAUGCCUAUUAGCACCAAUUUUCUUGGUCUGACUCCAUCAUAUCAGGCUGACAGAUCCAAAUCCACAGCAAGUAAUAAUUUUGGAAAUAAUUCAUUUCCUUCAAGUCAUGUUUUACCUGUCGCCCAUACUUCUUCAACUACUUCCUUGACAGGACUCAGUAAUGGUUAUAUUUAUCACAGUGACAAUGAAGACUUAUUAGAUGACAAAUUCAGAUCUCCAAAAUCAGUGACAUCUGCGAGUCAUUAUAAUGAAGAGGAGAGUCAAUUUUUGUCCGUGGUCGCUCGAGGAAUUUGUCCUCACGCUGUGGGUGGAGGUGAAGAGGUUUUUAAAAUGCUGAAAAAAGAGCUCGAAGCACUGGGGAUAUCAUUGUCAGACAACGAGGGAGGAAACACAAGCGGUACACUGUCACGUCAUCUAUUAUGUUUGGAAAUGGAUGUGGGAAAGAAACCAAGAGCAAAGUUCCAGUCUUUCACACCAAGUGGAAAAAUCAGCAAAACAACUGUGACAUUAUUGUCAGCUCAAAGAAUAAGUGAGGCUGCUCUAGCUAAUAUGCUUACCUUGUCACAAGCAAAUGUUAACAUAACAAGAGUUGGAAGACUUCUAUAUGGCAUAAACAAAGCUUAUCAUUGUAUAAGAAUGCUAACAAAUGGUAUUGAUGAGAUUUCUGGCUGUACUGUAAGUUUCAAGAACCAAGAUGCCCCCGAUAUCAGAAUGUCUGAUCAUUUGCAACUUGGAGAAAAGGGAAAAGUGAAAAUAAUAUUGAGUCACAGUAGUCAGGGUACAACCUCAAGUGCUGCUUGUGCAUCAUUGAGAAAACAUGCUAUCGAAAAAUGUGUGAAUUCAACUGUUGUUGUAGUAGACUUGGAGGGCCAGAUUUUUGGAUUUGGCUGUCAUACUUCUGAAGUUCGUCGCAUGAUUUGUGGAAGCUUAGACAUGCAGCAACGACAUUUAAAGGAAACUGUUCAUCAUCAUCCAAAUUUAGUUGUUGCAAAUUCUAUCGAUUGUGUCGAAUCUUUAAAAUUAUUGAAGCGAAUAAAUGCUAAAGGAAUUUCCAUAUAUGCAGAGGUCACCAAAUCAUUGGAAAAAACUGUGAGAAAUAUAUUUAAUGAUUGUACAUAAAGAAGCAAGUAUUUAAUUCUUUUGUCUUUAGCAAAUUUAUCAUCUGCCACUGUCCGUACCUAUUAACAAAAAGUAGAUAUCAAUUUACAUGGAUGAAUUAUGAAAUGUGUAUGUAAUGUAUAUAAUGCUAUUUACCAGACAAAAUUAUUUAUUUCUUAAUAAACUCAAUUUUAAUAAAGCAUUCAUAUUAAAUUAUGUUUGAACUGAAACUUGUCAUAUGCUCAGUUUAUUUCUUUCACACAAAUAAUAACAUGCUUUUUAAAAUUCCCCCCUUUAAAAAAUUUAAUCUAACUUAACACAAUAUAAAUUCAAUUUAAUCACUUAAUAAUUUUUUAUGCAAUAUAAUCUUUCAUUGAACAUAAUGAAUAAUGACUACAUAUUAUAUAUUCCUUUAAAUUUAAAAUAAUGAAACAUACGAUAGAUUACAUUUCAUUUAGAUGUUCUUCAAGUUCCAGAAUAUUUUAAUUUAUUUAGUCAGCCAUAUAAUUUAUAAUGUUCAAAUAUACUCACUUUGCACCACCAUAAAUGUAUAUAGUAGAUUCGGUGGUAGCCCGCAACUUUGCUCGGAGAUGAGUCUCUUUUACCUCUGAGUGAGUGUGCAUAACUGUGCUUUGAGAAAAUUACUAUGAAAAAUAAAUUUAUUUUUGAUUUGUAGAAUUAUUACAGUGUUGUACACUCCAUAGAACCAAAAUUGUCAGUUUUAGUUACAUACUUCCAUAUUUUCAAUUGUUUUACUUUGAAGUUUUUUUAACUACAAUAUAUGACCUUUUUUGAGUUAUUCAUAAAUAAAAAUUGAAUGAAACCGGUAUUCUGAAAUGUAAGGUCUUUGUGCUAUUUAUCAUUUUUUCCCAAACUAAAAACUAUUUGUGACAAAUCUACAUGCUCUGAAUUUGCUGUAUUUAUUUGUUCCAUGGUUUGUUUCUACUCAACCAGCAGUGCAUUUUUUCUGAUAGGAAAAGAAUACUAUGAAAAUAUAUGUUUGUGAACGUCAUGUAGAUAUUAGUAUACUAUAGCAAAUGCUCGCAUCAUUAUAGUAUAUAUUCAGUAUACUUUUCCUUGAUGAGUG